AUGGCAAAAGCAGUCCAGAGAUGCAAUGAAUUUGUUUUUCGUUCGCGAAGAGAUGAAGAGUUGAGACAGCUCGCGGACAGCGAAUGUUCUUCGUCGUCACAAGAUUUAUGGCCAAGAAAACGGACUACUGAUAAACUCUUAUUUUCUUUUCAUUCGGACCAUUCAGGGCAGGAAGGAGACAAAAAAUUCUCUUAUUUCAAGAGGGAGAGACAUGUGGAAGUUUUUUUCUCUCCGCAACCUUGUGGAGGUCGCAAUAGAAAGACUGCAGUUAAGUAUUUAAUCGCCUUUGGACGAAUUUGUAUGUCUUAUCGUUCACUCGUGUCAAUAAUAACGCCGGUUUUGCACAAGUUCAGACCUUAUUUCUUUGUUGAUGUUUCAAAGAUGUUGUUAAGACACAAAAAAUCAUCGAAAUCCCGUUUUCACCCGACUGAAGAGCGAUAG